CAACUUGAAUGAAAGGAUUCGAUUUGCUGAACUACAAUUUUUUGUACAGUACCGUAUGACUGUAGGCGUACCGAAAUAAUUAGAAGUGAGCGCGGAGAAAUUAAUCAGUCUAUUCAUGUUUGAGACAACCGUAUUGGAUUCUGUUCUGGAGGCGCGCUAUAUAUGUGCUACGUUACACCUUCCGCAGUUGGAUGAUUCCUUCCUAACUUCAUUGCAAGAGGCUUAGAAGGCAAUUCUUUCGUCUACCACCUUUCCAUACCUUGUCAUGACGUCCUCGGUUGUUAUAUCUCUAUUGAUAAGUUGACUCACUUAGACCAAUUCCUGAGGAAAUAGGUUUUCCUGAAUAUUCGUUUUCCAGUAGCUAAAAAACUCCGUCGCGAUGUCCACAAUCCCGAGAGAAAAUAUAUGCUCGAACUGUUUGAAACAAGCUGAUGUGCAUCUUAUAUGUGUUGAAUGUGAUUGCGUACAGCUAUGUGUUGCUUGCUACUGUUACGGUGCUGAGUCUGGAAUACACAAGAAAAAUCAUGGUUAUCGAGUUUCGAGACUAAAUUUGCUGCCACACUCUAUUCUCGAGGGUUGGAGUUCUGAGGAGGAAUUGAAUCUUCUUGAAGCAUUGGAGCAGUAUGGAAUUGGAAAUUGGGAGGAUAUAGCUUUAAAAGUGGGAACUAAAAGCUCUGAAGAAUGCAUGUAUCAUUACUGUAAUCGCUAUUUGGGUGGAGUAUUUGGCCUGGAGUUGUUGAAUGAUAAUAAAUAUCCUUCUCGAAUUACAGAUCACACAAGCCACGUAGUGUUAUCUCCUAUGCAACCACCACACUCAUCAUAUAUUGAUAUUGAAGAUCAACAGCUAUUGGGUUACAUGCCAAACCGUGGUGACUUUGAACGAGAUUAUGACAACGAUGCUGAGAGCAUACUAUGUAGAUUACAUCCCAGUUUUUCUCAUGAUGACCUAGAGGACGCUUUAAAAGUAGCACAAGUCAAUAUUUACAUGCAAAGGUUGCGUGAGCGUCAAAGGCGCAAAGAAAUUGCUUGUGAGCAUGCUUUGAUUCCUCAUAUUCUAGCAUUUAUUCUGAACAAACGUGUAAAAAAACGUAUCCCUGUAGUAGAAAAACACAUUAGAAAAGAAUAUAAACCUGCCAGAAGUAAACAUCGUGGACGUCCGCCAUCAUUGACAAAUAUAUCACACAACAAAUUAAAUAGUAAAAUAACACCCAUGAAAAAACUAUCCAACAUUAAUGAAUCUUUGAGUAAAAGUUCAUCUAAAAAGCCUUCUCCAAGUAGUUGGCUUGCUGCUCCAUUUAUUGUUCAGUCAUCUGAAUUGAUAAAAGGUGCACCAAUUGUAGUCAAUAUCUCAUCGAAUGUUGUAAAUAAUCAAGUGCUAACCGAUUCCAAAAGUAUAAAUCCAACUAAUAUCUACAAAGUUGAAUCAACAAACUCAUUGGAAGAUUUCAAUGGAUUUUAUUUAAAUGAAAAAUUAAAACCAUUUCUAAGAUAUUUCACUGGUAUACAAGGGAAACAUUUUAUGGAGAAUUUGUAUAAAGAAGAAUUAAUUAAACAUGAAAUUAAAUAUUUACUUGAUUUACGAGCUAAAGGAAAAACACAAUUAAUGGGUAUAAAAAUCAAAUUCCCACCAUUGAAAAGUUCCAUAUAUCAUCAACAUCAUAUACAACGACAACAAAAUAUCUCUGGUCAAAGUACCGAGCAACAAACACGUCAGUUACAUCACACCGUGAAGAAGAGACGUAAACAUCUAAAUACACCUUGGUAUAUGAAAAUGCAGCGUAAAGUUAAACAAUGUAAAUAAACGUUUUAUAAAAUGAAGAUGAUAAUCAUUUUCUCUCUCAUACAACUUUUAUUGAGUAACUAUAACUAACUUUAUGUAUAUUUAUUAUGUAGAACCCAGAAGAGAUUCAAUAUUCAAUUUUUAUCUCAAUUCUAUGUCUAGUUGUAUACAAGAUUCAAUUUAUCUUUCUUCUUGCAUUUACUACUACAAUAUUAUAAUUCUGAUUAUCAUUAUUUUCUAUUUUGGGUUAUUUAAAGUCUAAAAAAGAAAGACAAUGUAAUUUAUUCUUAUUGUACUGUUAUUAUUACUAUUAUUCCUAUCAAACUAUGUAUCUUUUGCAAUAAAAUUUACUUACCAA